GAGGCGGUGGCGAUGUCGAUUGCGUGGUCAGGAGGAUGAGGAGUGGCGGCAAAUGGGAUGAUGGAGGAGGAUAUGGAAGAAUUGGAGGGCCUUGGGACCGUGGUUCCAGAGGCGCUUGAUGAUGGUAUCUACAAGGUGAGGGGUCCAGGUGAUGGAAGGAGAGAAAAGGAGUUGAGACAGGGUGUCCCGGUCGGUGGAGGUAAGAACAAGGUUAGAGAUGGCAGCAGCGGCUGUCUCUUGUGGCGGUGCUGUGCUGGAAUUGGCAGUGGAGGUUGAGAAGGGGGUUGGCGGGCGGAAAAGCAGAAGCUGAGUCAGAGGAAGCAAGUGAGAAAGAAGGCCCGGAAUUGGAAGAUGCUCGAGCCACCAUUGCAGAGGUUGAAAAGUUGUUUCAGACAACAGAGGCUUAGCAAUAUAGCUCAAAUAUUAUGAAUGUAACUACUGACUUCAAACAUGUGACUUAGAUUGCCAUGAAUUUGUACCAUUUUGUUCCCGAGACAAUGAGGCUUAAUCUCCUGAUUUUUUUCCA